GGGGCGGCCGGGGAGGGGGCCCAGGCGGCGGCGGCCGGGCCAAGGGGCUGAAGGACAUCCGCAUCGACGAGGAGGUGAAGAUCGCGGUCAACAUCGCCCUGGAGCGCUUCCGCUAUGGGGACCAGCGAGAAAUGGAAUUCCCUUCUUCUUUGACCAGUACUGAAAGAGCUUUUAUUCAUCGACUCAGUCAGUCUCUCGGCUUGGUCUCUAAAAGUAAAGGAAAGGGAGCAAAUAGAUACCUGACUGUGAGGAAGAAGGAUGGAUCAGAAACAGCUCAUGCAAUGAUGACCUGUAAUUUGACCCAUAAUACAAAGCAUGCUGUGAGGAGCCUAAUUCAGAGGUUUCCUGUCACCAAUAAAGAGCGCACCGAGCUCCUGCCUAAAACAGAAAGAGGAAACGUGUUUGCAGUUGAAGCUGAAAACCGAGAAAUGAGCAAGACAAGUGGGCGACUCAACAACGGCAUACCUCAGACUCCAGUGAGAAGAGGAGAGUCUGAAUUUGAUUCUUUCAGGCAGUCUUUGCCAGUGUUUGAGAAACAGGAAGAAAUUGUUAAAAUAAUUAAGGAAAAUAAAGUAGUCUUGAUAGUAGGAGAAACCGGAUCUGGAAAGACCACACAGAUUCCGCAGUUCCUCUUGGAUGACUGCUUUAAAAAUGGAAUCCCCUGCCGUAUAUUUUGUACUCAGCCAAGAAGGUUAGCAGCGAUUGCUGUGGCUGAACGAGUUGCUGCAGAGAGAAGGGAGAGGAUCGGACAAACAAUUGGUUAUCAGAUCCGACUAGAAAGCAGGGUUUCUCCAAAGACACUUCUGACAUUUUGCACUAAUGGAGUAUUGCUUCGCACGUUGAUGGCAGGAGAUAGUACAUUAUCAACUGUGACCCAUGUUAUUGUGGAUGAAGUGCAUGAAAGGGAUCGAUUUAGCGAUUUUUUACUUACAAAGUUAAGAGAUUUGUUGCAAAAACACCCAACUUUGAAACUGAUCCUUUCUAGUGCUGCCUUGGAUGUUAAUCUCUUUAUAAGAUACUUUGGAAGUUGUCCAGUUAUAUAUAUACAGGGAAGACCAUUUGAAGUAAAAGAAAUGUUUCUGGAAGAUAUUUUAAGAACGACUGGAUAUACGAACAAGGAAAUGUUGAAGUACAAAAAGGAAAAGCAGCGAGAGGAGAAACAACAAACCACACUUACAGAGUGGUACUCAGCUCAGGAGAAUACAUUCAAGCCUGAAUCUCAGAGGCAGAGAAGUGUUCCCAGUGUGACUGAAGAGUAUGAUUUACUGGAUGAUGGUGGUGAUGCUGUCUUCAGCCAGUUGACAGAAAAAGAUGUGAAUUGCCUUGAACCAUGGCUAAUAAAAGAAAUGGAUGCUUGUCUCUCUGACAUUUGGCUGCAUAGAGAUGUUGACGCCUUUGCUCAAGUCUUUCACCUUAUUUUAACUGAAAAUGUUAGUGUGGAUUACAGGCACAGUGAGACCAGUGCCACAGCUCUGAUGGUUGCUGCAGGUCGGGGUUUUGCAAGUCAGGUGGAGCAGUUGAUUAGCAUGGGAGCCAACGUCCAUAGGAAAGCGUCCAACGGCUGGAUGGCUUUAGAUUGGGCUAAACAUUUUGGGCAGACCGAAAUUGUGGAUCUUCUAGAAUCUUACAGUGCUUCAUUGGAAUUUGGAAAUCUUGAUGAAAGUUCUCUGGUCCAGACAAAUGGGAGUGACCUCAGUGCAGAAGACAGAGAGCUCCUGAAAGCUUAUCAUCAUAGUUUCGAUGAUGAAAAAGUAGACUUGGACUUGAUCAUGCAUCUUCUAUAUAAUGUCUGCCAUAGUUGUGAUGCCGGUGCAGUAUUAAUUUUCUUACCUGGAUAUGAUGAGAUUGUUGGACUGAGGGACCGCAUCCUGUUUGAUGAUAAGCGUUUUGCUGACAAUGCACAAAGAUAUCAAGUCUUCAUGCUUCAUUCAAAUAUGCAAACGUCUGAUCAAAAGAAGGUCUUAAAAAACCCUCCCGCAGGUGUUCGAAAAAUAAUCCUCUCUACCAACAUUGCUGAGACCAGCAUCACAGUCAAUGACGUCGUCUUUGUCAUUGAUUCUGGUAAGGUGAAAGAGAAAUCCUUUGAUGCACUGAAUUUUGUUACAAUGUUAAAAAUGGUGUGGAUUUCCAAAGCUAGUGCCAUACAGCGAAAAGGCAGGGCGGGCCGAUGUCGGCCUGGAAUUUGUUUCCGUCUCUUCAGUAGACUCCGAUUCCAAAACAUGUUGGAAUUUCAGACUCCAGAACUUUUGAGGAUGCCAUUACAGGAACUUUGUUUACACACCAAGUUGUUAGCACCAGUUAAUUGUCCCAUUGCUGAUUUCCUUAUGAAAGCUCCUGAACCUCCUCCGGCUUUAAUUGUAAGAAAUGCUGUACAGAUGCUUAAGACAAUCGAUGCCAUGGAUGCGUGGGAAGACCUGACCGAACUUGGGUACCACCUGGCCGACUUGCCAGUAGAGCCGCACCUUGGUAAAAUGGUCCUGUGUGCUGUCGUCUUGAAGUGUCUGGACCCCAUUCUCACGAUUGCCUGCACGCUAGCCUACCGGGACCCUUUUGUUCUGCCUGCCCAGGCCUCCCAGAAGCGUGCCGCGAUGCUGUGUCGGAGGCGCUUCACUGCAGGGACGUUCAGUGACCACAUGGCCCUCCUGAGGGCGUUCCAGGCAUGGCAGAAAGCACGAAGUGAUGGGUGGGAGCGAGCCUUUUGUGAAAAGAAUUUUCUUUCACAAGCUACCAUGGAAAUAAUCAUAGGCAUGAGAACGCAGUUACUUGGUCAGCUUAGAGCAUCAGGUUUUGUUAGAGCACGAGGUGGUGGUGAUAUUCGAGAUGUGAACACGAACUCUGAGAACUGGGCUGUCGUUAAAGCUGCGUUGGUGGCAGGCAUGUAUCCUAAUUUAGUCCAUGUGGACAGAGAGAAUGUAGUAUUGACAGGGCCAAAGGAGAAAAAAGUACGAUUUCAUCCCACUUCAGUUCUCAGUCAGCCUCAAUAUAAAAAGAUCCCUCCAGCUAAUGGUCAAGCUGCCGCAAUCCAGGCACUGCCCACAGAUUGGCUCAUUUAUGAUGAAAUGACCAGAGCCCACCGAAUAGCUAACAUUCGAUGUUGUUCAGCAGUGACACCCGUCACGGUGUUGGUGUUCUGUGGACCAGCUAGGCUGGCAAGUAAUGCCCUUCAGGAACCUUCGUCCUUUAGAGCGGAUGGCAUUCCGAAUGACAGUAGUGACAGUGAGAUGGAGGACAGAACUACUGCUAAUUUGGCAUCUUUGAAACUUGACGAAUGGCUCAGUUUCAAAUUAGAACCAGAGGCAGCCAGCUUAUUGCUGCAGCUCCGACAGAAGUGGCAUAACUUAUUUCUACGCCGAAUGAGAGCUCCCUCUAAACCUUGGUCUCAAGUGGAUGAAGCUACCAUAAGAGCAGUUAUAGCUGUCUUAAGCACUGAAGAACAGUCUGCAGGUUUACAGCAACCAUCCGGGAUUGGCCAAAGGCCACGGCCCAUGUCAUCCGAAGAACUUCCUUUGGCUUCAUCUUGGAGGUCAAAUAAUAGUAGGAAAAGUACAGCAGAUACUGAAUUUUCUGAGGAGUCUACCAGUGCUGAAAGAGUGUUGAUGAAAUCUCCGUCUUCAGCAUUACACCCACCUCAGAAGUACAAAGACAGAGGAAUUUUACAUCCCAAACGAGGCACCGAUGACCGAUCAGAUCAAUCUUCUGUGAAAUCUACAGAUAGCAAUAGUUACCCAAGUCCUUGUGCUAGUCCUUCUCCUCCGUCCUCAGGAAAGGGUUCCAAAUCUCCUUCACCAAGACCAAACAUGCCUGUUCGGUACUUCAUAAUGAAGAGUAGCAAUUUAAGAAACCUCGAAAUUUCUCAACAGAAAGGUAUCUGGUCUACAACCCCUAGUAAUGAGCGGAAGCUGAAUCGAGCCUUUUGGGAAAGCAGCAUGGUUUACUUAGUCUUUUCUGUUCAAGGAUCUGGACAUUUCCAGGGAUUUUCUAGGAUGUCUUCCGAGAUAGGAAGGGAGAAGAGCCAGGACUGGGGUUCGGCUGGCCUAGGAGGAGUGUUUAAGGUGGAGUGGAUCAGAAAAGAAAGCCUGCCCUUUCAGUUUGCACAUCAUUUACUCAAUCCUUGGAACGACAAUAAGAAAGUUCAGAUAAGCAGAGAUGGGCAGGAACUAGAACCUCAGGUUGGUGAACAGUUGCUCCAGUUAUGGGAACGCCUUCCUCUAGGAGAAAAAGCCACAGCUGAUUGACACUCAGAAUUUAGCUGUGGAAGAACAUCCUGCCUGUUUACAACCACCAACUGCACUGACUUCCAGAAACUGAACUGCGGGUUAUGGGUGGGCUUUUCUGGCUUAGAGGGUUGCUUCAGAGCCACUGUCUUCAUGUUUAAGAGAAAAGGCCUAUUUAAAUUUGUAUAGUGAUCGUAGAGAAUGAUUACAUAUUGUUUCUAAUGAAUAAAAUAGUGGUGGUUUUGCCAUUGGAGAGAACAGCUGUUCCUUUAAAUGUAAUUUGAAGUUAAACAUUUCAUGUCUUUUAAAAAGUGAAUUAUAACUCUUGUUGAAUCACUUUAUAAUGGAAAGUUUAAGAAAGGCUUGAAUAUGUCAGUACAUUUGAGCUCCAUUUAGGAGAGUCAGCUUCUAAGAUUUAUCAUUAAAAAACAAAACACAAACAGCAAACCCAAUUACAUGAACAUCCCUUUAAAAAACAGUGUGUGCUCUUUAAGGGCUAUUCAUUCUGCCAUUUUUAAUCUGAGACACAUUAAGAAAAAAAGGAGGGAUGUUGGUUUUUGUGAUUAUAAAAUGAAGUAAAAUCUGAAGACAGAGAGUCCCCCUCUGCCUUUGAUCAGUACAGAUUUCUUGCUUUGUUUUAUUCCCAGUCCUGCCUCUUACCAGAUUUGUCCCAUGCUCCUUCCCUCUGGCCCGCCUGGCCGCCCACCUGCGUGUCUGUGUGCACCGCACUCCUCCCCCCUUCCUCUGUGGAGCAGCCUUACACAUCUCUCACGUGAGCAUAGUAAUUAUGACCUCUUUGUUUUGGCUGUAGAAACUUGACCUAAACAAGUCAAAAGUUUAAACAAGUUCACACAAGGUUAAAAAUAGGCUCAGCAGUUAUUGGUAGCUUUGUUGCUGUAUGACCUCCAAACUAAAGCCCACAGGCACCACAGUCCAGAAUGCCUUCUCGAUUUUUUAGUACUUUUACCCUGACCUAUUUUUCAGAUACGAUUUUCCUUUUUUUCUAUUUCUCAGAUUUUUCCUUUUCCAUUUGUGGUUUAAAUGAGGGAUUGUUUUUGUAAACCCAUGUCAGCACCAAGUCUCAUAUUUCUUUGCAUUUCAAAAUUAUUUGGUUUGAUCUCUUUACCACCGUCCCUCACAACUUUCCUUGGAGACUGUUUGAAAGGAAAAUAUAGGUACAGAAAAAUCAAAGAAAUACCUUUAUUACUGAGCUCUAAAUUGAACAGGUGUGAUAGUAUUUCUUAGGAUUUAUUUGAGUCAUUAUAUUAAAAAGAAACCAAACAUAAAUCUAAUUUAAAGGCAAAAAGAAAACUCUAAGUCAUUUGGUUGUAUGUAUGAAAACAAGUGAAAAAUCAUGGGUCAACAUAAAAUCCUAAGAACCCGUCUACAGCCUCUGGGAAAGCAUUCUGUAUUGGUGCAUUAGUUUAGAACAUCAGCUGUGAUUUUUGCUUGUGUUUGUAGUUACCAGUUUUUGGUUUUGUAUUUUGAGACAUCCUUGUACAUUGAGCCUGUGUGAAUUAUGUCCC